CCUCGGCCUUCGAUGGGGCCUGCAUCACCGAGGUCACAGCGCCCACCUGCCAGGUUCUCUAAGUUGUACAGGCUGGCCUCAGACUUGAUCUCCUGCCUCACCCUCUCCAGUAACUGGGAUUGCAAGGAUGCCGGAAGGGCCAUCUGUGAGGAAGUUCCACCAUCUGGCUUCUGCCUUUGUGGGCCAGCAGGUGGUCAAGACAGGGGGCAGCAGUAAAAAGCCGUGUCCUGCCACCCUGCAGUUCCUGUGGCUUCAGGAUACACAGGUACACGGCAAGAAGCUGUUCCUUAGAUUUGAUGCAGAUGUGGGGGCAGAGGCAGAGGUAGGGCCCCCGGGCAGCUGCUGCAUACCAGAGCCUCUGCAGAGACAAGCACAGAGAGAGGCAGUGGUGGACCCCGUGGCAAAGCCGCAGAAAACUGAUGAUGGGCUCUCCGGGCCGGCAGAGCUGCUCCCCAAGGGCCCUGGUGGCCCUGAUGGACUGACAGGCAACAGCCCUGCAGCUGGGGCCCAGCGGUGGCUGCAGGUCAGCUUCGGUUUGUUUGGUAGCAUCUGGGUGAACGAGUUCUCCAGAGCAAAAAAAGCCAACAAGAGAGGAGACUGGCGGGACCCGGCACCCAGGCUGGUCCUGCACUUUGAUGGCGGUGGAUUCCUGGCCUUUUAUAAUUGCCAGAUGGCAUGGAGCCCCACUGCAGUGGCUGAGCCGUGCCGUGACAUCUUGUCUGAAGAGUUCCACCGAGGACAGGCCUUAGAGGCUCUGGGUCAGCCGCAGCCCGUGUGCUACACGCUCCUGGACCAGCGAUACUUCUCAGGGCUGGGGAACAUCAUUAAGAAUGAAGCUUUGUACAGAGCCAGGAUCCAUCCCCUCUCCCUCGACUCACUCCUGGGUCCCUCAUGUCUGGAGAGCCUCGUGGACCAUGUGGUAGAGUUCAGUGCAGACUGGCUCCGGGGCAAGUUCCAGGGCCAGCGGCGGCACACACAGGUCUACCUGAAAGAGCAGUGUCCAGCUGGGCACCAGGUCCUAAGGGAUGCGUUCGGGCCCCCUGGUGGCCUCCAGAGGCUCACCUGGUGGUGCCCGCAGUGUCAACCCCAGCUGCCGUCUGAGGAGCCACAGCACCUCCAGUCCUAAGUCCUCAGGGCCCUUCUUCCAUGAUCUCAGCUUUGGGGAUUGCGGUCACUCGGGUGUGAACAGGAUUGGGGUGGAUGCAGAGGAGG